UUAUAUAAUAUAAUUGCAAGACCAACAGAAAGUUAAUAAAUGUGUUUGUGGAAAUGGCUGUGCAAAAUUUAAUUUAAUUGAAUAUAACAGUAAAUUUUAAUUCUGAAAUUACUUAAAUAUUAAAAUAAAAUACUGACAAAAAAUUUAACUGAGACAGCUUUUAGGUUUGAAUCAAAUUGGCGAUGAAGAUGAAGAUAAGUAAUUUGAGCAUGUAACAAUUUUGAUCACAUAAAGUUAUCUAUCAGACAUAGAUAAAAAUAUUUAGAAAAAAUUUUAUGUAAAAAUACUCGUGCAAAAUAACCUAUGUGGCAACGUGCUUUGUUUUUUGAUACAUGUUUGACAAAUAAAAAUUUCAUUUAUAAACAUAUUUUUUUGCGAAAAUAUAACUAUUGUAGUUUAAUGCAUAAUUAUUUAUUUAAUUAAAAUGAGUUCCCCAACAAGCAAAAGUGCCAAUGAUGUGAGUGCUGCAAAACAACGUAAAUCAUCUAAAACGAAUUCUAAUGCCAAGUCAACAAGCUUGGAUACACGCGCAGAAUUAGCCGAUCUAAUUAAGAAAAAGGCAGAAACAUCGGAGCAACUAGCAAAUUUAGAACGACAAAUAUAUGCAUUUGAAGGUUCAUAUCUUGAAGACACACAACUUUGUGGCAAUAUAAUUCGUGGUUGGGAACGAUAUCUCACAUCAAACAAAGCUACAAAUUCCAAAGCAGAUAAACGAAAUAGAAAAUUCAAAGAAGCGGAGCGUCUUUUUUCUAAGUCAAGCAUUACAUCUAUGGCAAUAUGUAACCCUGAACGUGCCAGUGAAUCAGAUUCCAUAACUAAUGAAGAUUCCAGUGAUAAUCAAAUAUCUAUGAACCAAAAUACCACAACAGCACAUGAUGGCACUUCAUCGAUAAAAACCGCUGGUAAAGAGGAUAAACCUGUCGAUCGAGCAGGAACACCUACUCCACAGCGUGAUGUUAUGAAAGAUCCUAAUACUCCUAGUUCUAAUACUAGUUCUAAAAAUAAAUUAUCCAACAAUUCUAGUAUAUCCGCUAAAAAGAGUGGUCAUAUUAAUAAAAAAAUUAGGCACCGAUGAUUAAGGAUAAAACCGCGAUUUUUUCGGAACACUUAGUAGAAAACACAUCCGCUGUCAAAAAUUUAUUUUCUGAAAA